GACUGGACUCUCACUUUGGCCUAAUAGAAGGUUUCGCUUUUACAUUCCACAUCAGGCCGGUUGCGCAAAAAUGUCAGAUCCUAAGACAAAGCUCCAGGAGGAGAUUAAGCUCCAAGGGGACUUGGUCCGAAAGCUCAAGUCGGAAAAAGCUGAUAAAGACAAGAUUGGCGAUGAAGUAGCUAAGCUCUUGGCUCUGAAGGCUAAACUUACCGAAGAAGACGGAGGAGGUGAUGAGUGUGGGCAGGGCGGCAAGUUUGUUCUCAAGACCCCCAAGGGGACUCGAGAUUACGGGCCGGUGUCGAUGGCUCUCAGGAACCAAGUGCUGGACAAAAUCGUUAAAGUUUUUCAAAAGCACGGCGCAGAAGUAAUAGAUACUCCCGUCUUUGAACUUAAGGAAGUCCUAACUGGAAAAUAUGGGGAAGAUGCUAAACUUAUAUACGAUUUGGCCGACCAGGGUGGGGAAGUUUUGGCUCUUAGGUACGAUCUCACCGUACCAUUUGCUAGGUACCUCGCUAUGAAUAAAAUCACCACUAUUAAAAGGUACCAUAUAGCAAAAGUUUAUCGAAGGGACAAUCCUGCUAUGACAAAAGGGAGGUAUCGAGAAUUUUAUCAGUGUGAUUUUGAUAUUGCUGGUACUUACGAUCCUAUGCUUCCUGAAGUUGAAUGUUUACGAGUCGUAUGUGAAAUUCUUAAUGAACUUGAAUUAGGAAGUUUCAUUGUGAAAGUGAAUCACAGAUCUCUUUUAGAUUCAAUUUUCGAAGCUGCAGGAGUAUCAAAAGAUAAAUUUAGGACUGUCUGUUCUUCAGUAGAUAAACUUGAUAAAAGUCCAUGGGAAGAUGUUAGAAAAGAGAUGAUAGAUGAACGAGGAUUAACGGAACAAGAAGCUGACGAAAUUGGCACUUACGUCAGGCAGUGUGGUGGAAGGGAAUUACUAGAUAAACUUAGUAGCGAUCCAAAAUUAACUGCAACGAAGGGUGGCCUGGCUGGAAUUGAAGCGUUGAAGUUAUUAUUACACUAUUCUGAAUUGGCCGGCGUAAGUAAAUACGUAUCUGUCGAUAUGAGUCUCGCUCGGGGUCUUGACUAUUACACCGGCUUGAUAUACGAAGCUGUUUUAACCGGUAAUAUAGUUCAUAAUAAUCAAACAAUCGUUGUUUCAAGUUUAAUUGUUUUAGGGGCUGAAGUUGGAUCAGUCGCAGGUGGCGGAAGGUACGACGGACUCGUAGGAAUGUUCGAUCCAAAAGGCAAACAAGUACCCUGCGUCGGUAUUUCAUUAGGGGUUGAGAGGAUAUUUUCAGUUGUUGAAGCUAAAGCAGCAGGGUCAAAGACAAGGACAACCCAAGUCCAAGUUUUUGUGGCAAGCGCUCAAAAAAAUCUGCAAGAUGAAAGGUUAAAGAUAUGCACUUUGCUUUGGGACAAUGACUUUAAGGUUGAACAAUCAUACAAAAAGAGCCCAAAACUGCUAGACCAGUUGCAACAUUGUGAAGAUGGGGGUAUUCCAUUGGCCAUCAUAAUUGGCGGAGACGAACUUAAAAAAGGCGUUGUCAAAGUUAGAGAUGUUGUGACUAGAAAAGAAGUUGAAGUGCCAAGAGACACCCUUGUGCAAUAUUUGAAAGAGAGAUUAGCCACUCUUGAAGCGCUAAGCUAGCAUUUUUAAUGUUAAAACGCUAAGCUAGCAUUUUUUAAUAUUAAAACUGGAAAUAUCCAUGUUAAAUUAUGAAGCCAAAAGAUAACUUUAAUUUAUUUAAAAAAAAAUUGUAAUGUUAUUCAUUCAACUUUCAUCAUUUUAUUUGACAAAAAAAUUAAAUGACACCACUAGAUUAAAAACACAAUCAAGGUUGUAUCAGUUUAUUUAUUUACAGCAAAAAAAGUGUUUUAUUGCUCUGAGGAAAUUUAAACAUAAUAAAAUAUUCUAUGUUAUUAAUUUAAAAAACAAAAACAUUUUCAAUGAUCCUUUUUACCAAAAUUACAAUUCAAAAUUCCUGUACAUUUAGAGUAAGAAUGGGAUACUUCUAGUAUCCUUCUCACUGGUGGUCGGUCAACUGAAAUUAAAUCUCAUAUUGAGCACAUAAAUGGUGCUAUGGAUCUUAAUUGCUUAAGAAGGAAAAUAUCCUACCUAUAACUAUUUGUAUUUCUGUAUGAAGAAGUUGCUUAAAUGAAUAAAAAUUAUGAUUUC